AAUCAACCAACAUGGCUGCCCAGCCUGAUCGAGAAAAACACAGUAUAUGGUGGGGCGAUCUUUUCUCAUUUACGAAGCUUUUGAACUGAUUUCAACAAAAUCCAACAUUGAUUUAUUCUGAUCUUUUCUUAGCAUGGUUUCCGAUUUCUUUUACCCAAACAUGGGCGGAGUAGAGAGUCACAUUUAUCAGCUGGCUCAGUAUCUCAUUGAGCGAGGGCAUAAGGUAAUCUAACAUUCAUCGUGUUUUGUUUUCUGCAAAAUGCCAUAAAAAGAGAGAUGAAAACAACCAUUCGAAACAGCCCUUAAAAGGUUAGAUUUACAGACUGAAUAUAUUCUCACCCGAACUGUCAUUUCGUUUCAAUCGUUAUCGCAUUACAAUCAUGGUUAGGGGGAUUCCCCAUUGACAGUUUCUGUCGCCUAGUCUGUUAGCAUUAAACUUUAUCCCUUCAGCACAAGUGAGUUCAAAGAAUAUUUUCGUUUACUGAUUAUAUCUGUAAUGAAAUCAGACAUAUUUAAGCCCUUCAGAGCCCUAAUUUUACACUGACAUACAAGUUACACUGAUAUACAAGUGUAAAAAGAAUAGAAAAAAAAUGUCAAUGACAACUACCAUCAGAGUUGACAGGUCAUGUUAGAAUUUAAUAACUUUCAUGUCAGGUCGUGAUUGUAACACAUGCCUAUGGCGAGCGAAGUGGAAUACGUUAUUUAACAAACUACCUCAAGGUAUGCAAUGGUUCCUUUGUCGCCUUUGUCAUAUUUUCUGUGAAAUAGAAACUUUUGCAGUAUGAUUGUUCUAAAUCUUUACUUUGUGAUGUUGCUGUUUUUAGUUUUAAUGCCACACUAAGUCAUCCAGAUGAAGUGUGCAAAAUUCCAAUUGAUAAAGACAUGCAAGCCAAUCAAGUGGCAGCAUUAGAAUCAAAACAUUGCACAAUCUUUAAAUAAUGAACACAGCGUUUAUGUUUUACCGUCUUCUUACAGGUCUAUUAUUUACCUUUUGGUCCAUUUCACAAUCAAUGUGUAUUGCCAACUCUGUACACAACAAUUCCAUUAAUGAGAUGUGUGUUUCUGCGAGAGAAGAUAACUAUAGUUCAUGGACAUUCUGUAAGGCAUUGCUUUUAGUAUCAUUAUUUAUGUUUUAUUAAUAUUUUUAUCAUUGUAGUUAUCCUUCAAGUAUUGGUUCUUCUGGCAAGAUUUUACAUCAAAGUAAAAUAUAAGUUAUGCAGCUAGAAAUUGGAAUCUUUUUUUUUUGUAAACUUUAUUGCAAGCUAGCAAAAGGUUUAGAAUGGUGGGUGGGGGAGACAGAUUAGUAGGGCAAAAAAAUUCAGAUAUUUUCUUUUCUCAAUUUUCUUUGGUCAUUUCCAUUUUCUUCAUUCUUUUUCUGCAUCACUUGCCUGUCUGUAGUUAAUCAAAGAUCAGUAUGAAUAUAUUUUCUGUGUCUUUUCUUUACUAGGCCUUUUCUACUCUUUGUCAUGAUGCUCUUCUUCAUGCUCGCACCAUGGGACUUCGCACAUUAUUCACUGACCAUUCUCUGUUUGGUUUUGCGGAUGCUAGUUCUAUCAUAACCAAUAAGUUUUUACAGUUUUCCUUGGCAGACAUUGAUCAUGUGAUCUGUGUUUCACAUACAAGGUUUGUAGUAACCUCAAUUUUUAUAACACUAGCAUCUCAUUUAUUUCAUGAUGAAUGUUCUUUGACUUCAAAACAUUUAUGUUAAACUAAAGUAAGCAUAUGGCGGAGCAUAUGCCAUUAGCUCCCCACAAGGUCAGAUCUUAAUAUAGUUGUCAUGUAACUAUAUGAAUAAAUAAAAGGUCGGUAUAAACUAGGAAGUUAUCAUGAUGAAAAAUUGUCCACUUGAAUGAAAUGUAGAGAGGCUACUUCAGAUAGUGAUCAUAAUUGGAUCAUAUAUUUGUAAUAAUGAAGCAGAAUUAAUCUCCUAGGAGAUUCUUGUCAGUUUGUUCUACCUGGUGUGUUAUUUUUACUAUCUGAAUAUUUAAUUUUAGUUUAUUCUACCUCACAUCAAUUGGUCUUUGUUUACCUUGAUGUUGUUUACUUUGCUAGUAAGGAGAACACUGUGUUGCGAGCAUCAAUGAAGCCUGACAUGGUAUCAGUGAUUCCUAAUGCUGUAGAUGCCAAUGUAUUUACACCUGAUGUUUCAAAGAAAAUUUCAGGAAAAAGUGAGCUGUUGAAAUAUUGAAGUAAAUUUUUUUUUCAUAAAUGAUUGCAUGAGUGAACAUUUAAUCUGAGAUGAUAGGUAGCCAAUGAGGCUGUUGUAUUUGUGUGUGUCAGCUGUGACUAUCUGAUAUUGAACAAGUAUGCGUUGAAUUUAACUGAGUAAUUGAAACCACGGAAACUAAUAUCUCAAAAUCUUCCACUGACAAACACUGCAAAAAGAACUGUAAAUGGAGACUAAGCUCAGAUAUCUUGUUUCAUAAACCAAGCAAACCUCAGGAUUUUCAUGCUAGUUUUAUAUGUACACUUAGUCAUAUAUUUGUGAUAUUGUGGUGAAUUAACAUUUUGAGUUUUUUAUUAGUCACCAUUGUGGUAGUAAGUCGGUUGGUGUAUAGAAAGGGUAUGGAUUUGUUGGCUGGAAUACUCCCCAUCAUGUGCGCCAAUCAUUUAGAUGUCCAGUUUAUUAUUGGUAAGUCCACGUAGGAGAAGACACUUUUAAAGCUAUUUACCAGCUUAAGUUUUCUUGAAGAUCUUUGUGAAAUUGUGUGUCAUUAUUAGCACCAGAGAUCAAUGGAAAUUGUCAAUCCUUUAACUUUCAACCCUCACCACUAUGCAUUUCCUUGUAAAUUAGUUAUGAGAAUUUGGUGUUAGAUCAAGGUAACAACUUGUGUCCAUUAAGUCGGAAUCUUAAAGAGAUAAAAGGACUUGAAAUCUUGACUGAAUAAAAUGUUUGUAUUAUUUAAUGAAGUAUAUUUAUUUUGUAUAGGUGGUGAUGGCCCCAAAAGAGCUCUCCUAGAGGAUGUUUGUGAACAGUGUAAACUCCAAGAAAGAGUCCAUUUUUUAGGAAAAUUAAACAUGAGAAAGUUAGGGAUGUAAGUUUAUACCUUUACUUUCUACCAUGGAAUGUUAAGAAUUCUCGGAUGAAUUACGAUGAAAUUUUAUGUUUUAGUAUAGAACAUGUUCCUGGGCAUUUCAAAUUGUUGUUAAUUCCUUACUAGGUGCUUACUCAAGGUGACAUAUUUCUCAAUACAUCAUUAACAGAAGCAUUCUGCAUUGCUAUUGUUGAAGCAGCUAGCUGUGGGUAAGUUUUAAUUAAACAACAAAUUUUUGUUGCCAGUUUUUGACAGGCAUCAUAGGGUAUCAAGUUUGUGCAUGACAUGUUGACUUUGGAUUUUGAUAGUUUUCAAAUUCAAACGCAAGCCCUUAUUAUUAGGAAAAUAUCAACACUAUUUUGUUGGAAAUACUAAGGUUGUAAUAAAAGUAGCCAUUCCAUUGAUAGCAAUGAUUUUUUACACCAGGCUCCAAGUGGUCAGCACCAGAGUGGGUGGGGUCCCUGAGGUACUACCAGAUGACAUGAUAAAACUUGCUGAGCCAAGUGUGAAAUGUAAGUUAAAUGUCUCUAUAAAGUGAUUUAAUGCAUGGAAAAAGCCCUGAGUGACCUCUCUCUGUUAGAGUACUUCUUUCUCCUUCUACACUGUCUUGUAUUUCCUCACAAAAAUACAAGAAGAAUUUGAGUUUGUAUUCUGUACUUUACAUGUUAACCAAGCGAAGAAACAAUUUGUGAAAAAAAGGUCAAAGCAUUCUAACAUCCUAACAUCAUUACUUAGUAAGACUUUUUUCGUAGAACUUUUUUGCCUCAAUAGAGGGCUGUAUAGAAGAUGACUUAAAACUUCUUUUUAUCGAUUAAAGGAAAACAGCAAUUUUACAGAAAUGUUUAUGAAGAGAUAUUUCCACAACAUUUUAACGUGGUGAAAAAUUUCAAACUUGAGAAGCCAGAGUAAAUUUGUCUGAAAGUGUUCUGAAAAAAUUGCAGUUGACAUGAAUGUGACCAUGUAAUUUAUUGAGACAGUAGUAAAAGCACAAGUGAGAUUUAAUACUAUACAGUUCAGUCCCCACGAGUGAUAACUUAAUAUUGAUGUCUAUUAAUGUGUAAUGCGAGCAUUCUGACAGAAUUGGACCUGAAAAAUUGCGCUACUGUUCCUUCCAGUAAGUGUGAGGCGCUUGGGUGGACGAAUUUUUGAUUUAACAAUGUUCUCAAAUUGUUUAGCAGUUGGAAAGACUUCAUUCACGAACUAUUGACGGUGUGCCUGUUUUGGAAACAUUAUGUUACAGAAAAGCGUGAGGAAAAAUUCAAAGGAGAAAUGUGAUUCUUAUGAUUGAAUUUGUUUCUGUUCCAGAAUGCUCUUAGACAUGUGAAGUGUGUUCGAAGAAACCCGCGGAACCAUCUGUAUAAGAAAUUAUCUAACGAGCGAGGCCUUAAGUUGAAAAAAAGAAUUGUUUUUUCAGUGUGGUUUGCAAGGUUGUGAAAGUCAUCUCUCAUCAACAAGUCAUACUGCGGGUUACGCGGUGUUAACCAUUUUGCCGCAAAAACAGGAGACCAAUUUUAUUAGGCAAUUUAGACAGUGUUCAGUUGAAAAGCAUAACCAACUCUAAUAAAACGACCAACAAAUUAAUACUAAUUACACGUAGAUUAAUAACUUUAACAUACCGCAUUUCAGCCCUCGUGGCAGCUUUGGAAAGCGCUGUAGAAGCUGCAAGAAACAAAACAUUUGUAGCGCCAAACGUAGCCCAUGAACGAAUAAGGACAAUGUAUACAUGGCAGAAUGUAGCUCGACGAACAGAAAGAGUAAGUUUGCGCUCUCUUUUGACACAUUUUCUUCACUAAAUCUUAAAUUUGAAAGUUUUCCAAUUUCCAGGCGCUUUGCGCGGGAAAAUUGAAAAAAGCAGUAAUGAGCAGGAGACACGUUAUCGCUGUCAGUUACGUCACCUGUCAGUCUCGUUUCCAUGGUUUCUCCUUUCAUAAUUGAAAAAUAAGCCUUGAGAUUCACCUUCAGGUUCAACAUCACGUAAACUGCGUGACACACAAUGACAGGGAAACACAUAUACAACAGUUGUAGAGGUGUUUUAUAGAGAGGAGAAACGAAAGCUUUAUAUAGCGACGAGGAAUUUCACUCGUGCCUCUACUCUUGAUGAGGGUUUGUUCAUUGGAAUCACUUAUUGCUGGAUAAUAUGUUUGCAUUUUGUUUUUUAAUUUGUUAGAUCUAUGACUUGGUUAGCACAGUACCUCGUGUUUCAUUUGACGAGCGACUCAAAAGGUAACACGUGAAGCAGUUUAACGAUUAUCAAAUCGUUAUUUCCAAUCGCGCGGUUUUCCCAAACUUAUAUCAAGUUUAUGACUUUUUUUAUUUAUAUCCCGGCAAGACUUUUCCUAAGCCUUUGCCAUCAAGUACUUUUCUUCUCCUUUUGGAUGUUCUUUUCCUUUAUUUUAAUCUCGAUUGUAUUUUAUCAUUAUUAGCUUGUACCACUGCGGCCGUGUGGCAGGAAAAAUUUUCUGCAUUUUAGCAGUAAUUGAUCUGUUUUUACUGUGGCUUCUCGAAUGGUUUUUUCCGAGAAAGGUAGGUGCAUAUAACAAAGCCGUUUUCCUCAGAGUUGUCUAUGCCCUGUUUAUUGAUCAGACCUUGACUGUCACGUGAAGCCUGUGGUCCCGUCAUUUUUAUGCUACACACCCCUUCCUCUCCCUCCCCUCCCUCCCCUCCUUUCCCUCUGUGGGUGCUUGAUAUUUGAAUCCUUAAUAGUCAAGAGGUUUUGGUUUCCUUUCAAGAUAACAGACCCUUUAGCCGAAAAGGUUGUUCACUCAUCGCUUGUUGUCUGCUGUUGUAUGCUGAUUUUUUUUUUUUUUACUUUUAGAAUAUAGAUAUGGCACCCUCUUAUCAAGAACAGAAAGACAAAUGGAAUUCCAGAGACGAAAUCAUAGCAUCUGGUCAAACAGCGUCAGUGAUCGACAAGAAAAGACAGAUCGAUUGUUCUCUCGUGAGAUGACAUUUGCAAAACGUACGCGAUGCGAAAUUACAAGGAAGUGUUAUGUUAAAGCUUGAGAUUAACAUUGAGGGGCA